UAGCUGUGUCGCUACUACCGUCCGUUACGGUAAUAAGUGAAUAAAAUGACAACGACAUAUAUAACGACGAGUCAAGCGCCUAUGCAGACGACAGUGAUAACCACUGGCCCUGGGCCACAACGACCCCAGCCCACGUACAUUGAGGUCAUCGAAGAUCCACGGACCUCACGCAGUUACAAUCGUUGGUCGAAUAAGCACAGUGCUCACACUGCGACAGUUGGAAUAUUACUGUUUACUUAUGGCGGAAUGGACAUGGCACAAGGCCUCGGUUGGAACUUGAGCACUGGAAUAGCUACCACAUAUGAGUUUGAGUUCAGUUGGUUUAUCGGCGUCAUCAUUGGAACUGUUGUCGCUGCUUUGGCCAUCACACAUACACCAAAAAGAUACUUAUAUCUGUUGGGUGGAGUGAUGCAGCUGAUCGAUGCCAUCAUCUUUGUGAGUGCUCCAUACGAUUACAACCCAAUAGUGGCAGCAAGAUAUGUUGGCGGAGUGGGCUUUGGUUUCAUCACAAUGGCCUUUAUUAUACAAAAUUCCGAGGUUACGCUUAGCACCUCUCGUGGCAUGUGGUGUGGCUUCGAGCAGUAUGGCUUGGCACUUGGCGUGAUGACGCAGGUGCUCAUGGAUUCACAGUGGGGCACAGGACACAGUAUUGGCAGCAAUGUGGCACAUGGCAUCAUUGGCAUCAUCUGUGCUGUUAUUGCAACGGGAACUGUUGCCAUGUCUGUGGAGUCACCCAUUUUCUAUCUGCGCAGGAACAACGAGGAUGCAGCGCGAAAUAGCCAAACCCAAUUGUUAGGAUCAAAUGCACCCACAGAGAUAUACAAUGCGAUCUUUGAAGAAGCCAAACGCUACGUGGCGGAAGGAGAGAGCUCAAGUAUUGGAGCAGACCUUACUGCAUCUGCGAUGCCCUUUCUCAAAAUGAUCUUCUCUCGCUGCCUUGUGGCUUUCACCUUCUCUGUUCCCCUCAGUUGGUCCAUAAGGGUGAGCACGUAUGCAUGGAAACUAUCUAUCUUCAGUUGGCCCAUGAUCUUGUGGAGCAUAUUGCGAUUCAUUGGCACCCUUGUGGCGAUCCUGUUAGUCGACAAGCUUGGGCGCAAAUUCAUCUCGCUGUUGUCUCUAGUCUGCAUGGCAGGUCUAAUGCUAGCCAUGGCGGGCAUAUACUCCGACAAUUCCUAUCUAACGAGCGAAUACUACAUGUCUGAAGUGUCCAAAGUGUCCUUGGCCUUCCAAAUCUUCGCCGGCAUGUUCGUCGUGCCCACACCCACCUACCUGGCCGAGGCAUUCCCAAUGAGAGUGAAACCCUUCAUGAUUGGUCUGAUUAUUUGCCUUGAGCAAGUGAUUCACAUCAUUGUGAUUGUCACAUUCGGCAAGACUGAUGACUGUUUCUACCAAUACUUCAUCGGUGUGGGCAUUAUACUGGUUGUAAGUCUGAUCAUCUUUGCCGGACUUAUGCCGGAGACCCGAGGACUAACGCUUCGACAAGCUGGCAAUCGUUUCCGUCGAGUUCACGACGUAAUGUCAUACUAGGCAACAUCAUGCACACAUCGCAAUAGUUAAAUAGUAAUUUAGAAUUAAAUUGUUACAACAAAAAAAUAAAAUGUUUUCUAUAACAA